AGAAUUUUUAAUUGGCCAGGCUGUCGAUAUAAAGAUACUGCGGGGGACCGGGGACUUCAUAUCAGAUGGCGAGCUUCUCCAAGAGUGUGAAGCUGUACAAGGAUAUGUUUGGUUGUGCCUGUUCGGUAGACUAUGGCCCGGCGAAGGAGCGCCCAGAGCCUAGUGGGUCAGAUUUCUAUGAGGCGACCAGCUUGACAGAAGGCCUGAUGGGGAUAGAUUUUGAGGAGAAGGCUUACUGGAGAAAGGAGUUUCGCUAUCCACAAGGAAAAGAAGAGAAGAAGAAAUGGAAGGAGGAACGCUUGGCCAGGAAGCUGGAGAAACAGAUGGCCAGACAACAGGAGGAGGAACAGAAACUCAAGCAGCUCAUGGACAAGAAAGUACAUGCUGAGGAGAUCAGACGCAAGAAAGGCCGCCACUACACUGUGAGUGUUGCCCUCCCCGGAUCUAUUCUGGAUAAUGCCCAGUCUCCAGAACUCAGAACAUACCUAGCUGGACAGAUUGCCAGAGCCUGUGUGAUUUUCAAUGUGGAUGAGAUUGUCAUAUUUGAUGAAUCGGGAUCUACGCAGCCGAGCACGGAGGGAACGUUCACUGGUGUGGGUAAGAAGGGCAAUGCGAACGUGCAGAUAGCCAGGAUACUGCAGUAUCUGGAGUGUCCACAGUACUUAAGGAAAGUCUUCUUCCCCAAGCAUCAGGACCUACAGUAUGCUGGCUUGCUGAACCCGCUGGACUGUCCCCACCAUGUACGUGAACAUGAGCUGAGUGAGUACAGGGAGGGGGUGGUGUUAGACAGGCCCACCAAGGAGGGGAAGGGGUCCUUCGUCAAUGUGGGCAUGAGAAGGGAGGUUAGAAUAGAUAAGGUCCUCCAGCCAGGCCUGAGAGUGACAGUCCAGCUAGACGAGCCUGGAAACACAGUCUCCAGAGUGCUGACAGGAAAGGUGGUGUCCCCAUCCGUGCCAAGGACUGAGGCAGGGCUAUACUGGGGCUACACCGUGCGUCUGGCACCCAGUCUAGGAGCAGUCUUCACAGAGAGCCCCUUCAAGGGAGGCUACGACUUAACCAUUGGGACGUCAGAGAGAGGGGAGUCCACAGACGAGGUCUUCUUACCAUCUUUUAGUCACCUUCUGAUUGUGUUUGGAGGCCUGAAGGGUCUGGAGUACAGUGUGGAAUGUGAUGAAGCCCUGGACAUUGCUGACGCUCGGGUCAUGUUUCACUACUAUCUCAACACCUGUCCCACCCAAGGCAGCCGCACUAUCAGAACAGAGGAGGCAAUUCUCAUCAGUCUAUCAGGCUUGAGACCUAAGAUCCACGAGGCCCUUAUCCGCACAAGCACUUUGGACAGCCUCAGAAGCAUGAAGAAGUGAACAAAUCAACAGGCAGUUGGAGAGGAAAACAACGGACAGACUGUAAAAGGCAGCAUUUCUUGGCAUUCUCAGUCAGGAAACUUGCUAAACCACUGGGAUGUUAACAUUUUAAAAACGACAUCAUCAAGUAUCUGGGAAGGCCAAAAACUGAUGGAAGAUGUACAGGAAUGGAGAGUGGAAAACUUGCUUGGUCUCUCUGCUGACUAGGGUGUACCGGUUCAAAACGGUUUUUUGUUGUUGGAUGGUAAAAAGAAACUGCCCAAAAAAAUGAGAUGACUGGAUGCUGGACCAAUUUGAAAAUGGACAGAAUAUACUGACAGGCCUUCACGUAUUUUGAAGCUUACAGAUCCAAGAAAAGAGCGGAGUAGAGGAGAGUUGAUAGUCAUUUCUACCAAGCGUCUAACUUCAGAAACAGAGGCAGUUAGUGUGGUUUACAUGACUUGGAUAGUGUUAGUGUGGUUAACAUAGCACCAGAGAAAUAUUAAUUGACGUCGAAUACUCCACCAAACAGAUUCCUUUGUAAUGAAAUGGACCAUUAAUUUGAGUAUAGCCUAUUCGCAAGUUUUCACAGAUUAUUAGGCUUGGGUCCAGGCCAGGACCUGAUCCUCUGGACCUGUACCGUACCUGUACCUGAAUUUUCUGUACCAGUGCUCACCCCUACUGCUGACUAAUGACUUUUUAUGAUAACUUCAGCUGUAAGAUGUACUUACCUUGUGUCUGGUUGAUGAUGUGAACAAGUGAUUGGGGGUGUUGUGGCAAUUAUCACAUUUUGUAUGAGAUCCAAUUGAAAGUGACAUUUGGCCUUUCUUUGUGGCCCUAUGAUGUACGGAU